AUGGAAGACAGAUCUUCUUCUAAGCCUACUCAAACUGAGUCGUCCAAAUCAACUGAAUCUACCAAACCAACCGAGUCUACCGAGUCUACCGAAACAACUAAAAAAAUGAGUUACGAAUGGGUUUAUGCUUCUGGAGCCGUGUGGGUUCCAUUUGACUUGCAGUCACAGAGCAACAUUGAAGACGUCUGGAAGCGUGCAGAGGCGACUUGGAUCUAUGUUGGCUCCUUUAGAGACAAGGCAUAUGUAAAUGCCCCAGAACUCUAUGUACAUUAUCUUGGAAACGAUCUCCCUAUUGCCAGACGCUGCCUUUGA